GUUUAGAACUUGAGUUCUUUGUAGGAAGCAUGAUCGUAUUUUCUUUGUAAUUCCUGAUUUUGCAUUGUUAGAUGAGUAUUUAUCUUAAACUUUGGUUUAAAUUUUUCAUAGAACCUGUACAAAUUUGUAUAUAAACUUUUCAAAGAUUUUAGCAUGAAUUCAUUCCCCAAAAUCUUGGUACUCAAGCGGUAGUAGUAAGGUAGGCUUGUUUUUUAUCUUCUUUGCUUCUGCUUGGUUCAAGAAUUCAUAAGCUUCUAAAAUUAGUAUACAUGACAAAAAUCAAUCUGAAGUUUUGUAAUUAUAGUUAAAAGUUAAAUGAAUUUAAUCAAAGUUAAAAGUUUUGUAAUAAUAGACUUAUUUCAUGUUUCAACUGUUUAUAUCUGUUUAGUACAAAUAUCUUACCGUUCUUAUAUCGAUCGGCGCAUAGUAAAUCAGCACCAUGAUGAAUUGUGCCAUUGUUCUGUCUGCAACUCAUGACAGGGACAGGGAACAAACCAUCGGUAAAACCGGUGACAUAUUCACAAUGCCUGUUACAUAUAAGCACAGGAAUCCACACACUUUGUAUUGCAAAAAUAUAACAAACAAAACCCAAGAAUGUGUACAGGUGGCUUCUAAGAUGGUGGAGCAGUUAAGUCCCUCACAAUUGAUGCAUUUAAGUCACAAUUGAGAUAUAUCCUUUUGUCCAAUUUAUAAAUUAUGUCCAAUAGGAAAUAUAUUAUGAUUGACAAGGAGAUAACUUUCACAUCUCAAAACAACAUUUUAUAUACAAUACAUAUUCACCCCAAAUGAAAGUAUUUUAUAUUAAACAGACAAUUAUGAACCUGAAGAAUCAACCAUUUGCUGACCAUCAACAAUGACAAUAUGUACCUUCUUGUUCAUUGGAUUUACUUCCACCACUCUAUAUGAAAUAUCAUAAUAAUCUAGAAACGCUAUAUAAAAAGCUCAAUGCAAAAUUCAAUGGUUUGAUCUAGUGGUAAAAAGAUAGGUAUUGGGUUUGACAUGUUGCGGGUUUGAUCUCCGCUUGUCCUAUUAAAGGGAGGCAAAUGUCGUCGUAAGGUUGGACUAGUGCACCAAAUUCUAGAUGUGUAUACCUUUGAUACAUUGGUUGAUGCUUUUUAUUAGGAAAGAAAAGUGAAAAAAGCUAAAAUUGUGGUCGCAGUGACGUUAGAAAUGACAUAAAACUGGAUGUUGUUACAUAUAACACUUUAAUGGAUGGAUAUUGUUUGAUAAAUGAAGUGAACACAGGCAAUAAUAUAUUCAACAUAAUGGUCCAAAGGGAAAUGACUCCUGACAUUCAAAGCUAUAGUAUCAUGAUUAAUGGAUUUUGUAAUAUUAAAAUGGUGGACGAAGCUGUGAAUCUCUUUGAAGAAAUGCAAUGUAAAAAAUUCAUUCUUGAUGUGGUAACUUAGAAUUCUCUUAUUGAUGGUUUGUGCAAAUUUGGGAGAAUCUCACAUGCUUUGGAGCUUGUGGAUGAGAUGCAUGAUAUAGUUCAACCACCUAAUAUACUCACUUACAUGUGGAGUAAACGUGCCUUUAUCUUUUAUUGCAAUAUAAUCACUACAUAUCCACUUGAUGAUUUCACACAUGUAUCCUUGUGGUUCUGUCAUAAACUGAACAAUACAUGAAUUGGUUCACACAUCACACUAAAUUAUACAUAUCUGUGGAAAGAUACAUGCGCGAUCCACGUUUGCAACCUUCAACAUAUCCUGAUGUUCACUCUAUGCCUCAACCAAUCCCACAACAAAAUAUCAUGCACCAAACACGGUCUUUCUCAUCACCACAAUAUUUUCAUGAAGCUGCAGAUAUACCGACUCAAUACUACGUUCCUUCAGUGCCAGUGCCAACAAUACCCUCUCCCAUUAAUCCGACCGAGAGCGGAAUUUUCUAUAAUUUGUUUGGUACUCAUUGCACAACUCCUGAGUCGGCUUUUGCGGCUUUUGAUUCUAUGUAUAAUGUCGAAACUCAAAAUUAUACGGAAGUAGGUGGUAGUGGUUCUAAUUCACAAACAGAUUACAACGAGGAUCAACCACAACAACUUCAAGUUGUUCAGAGAGCUAGACGAGUUCGACGACCGCGUAGAUGUGGAACUGGAGGUCAUUUAGAUGACAAUAAUUAAUUUUCUUUGAUGUAAUU